GGGCAGAGAAGCUCGUGGCGGUUUUGUAAAGGGAGGGAGAGCCUCUGGGCGUUACCUCCGGGAUCUGAUUAGGAGGUCGCCGAGUUAGCUAUAGCCCUGCGAUAGAAGACACUGUCCCGGCGUAUGGAGCAUUCAUAGGCUGGCGCUUAGAAUAAGAUCUGCUUUUUGUGCAUAGCCGAGAAUAAACCACAAUGCACAAGCUCAUGGUCGCAUGGUCGAGCGAAUUGAAUCCGCCCUACGGUCACGUGCCAGCUAGAAUUAAGGAGCGUCGGUUUCGGCUGUGAAUUUGAAGUUCCACAUCCCGCGACCUCGAUGCUGGGAAAGGUCCGACGCAUCCCGCAGGACCGACGAGCCGCCUCCACAGGCAGAUGAGGAAGUCCGUGCUCUUGCGCGCAGAGCAAUCUGCCAGGGCACGGUGGCAACAAACUAGUCCGUCCCCGCAAUGCACCCGAGCCUCCGAUCGGCACGCUUACAAGGCGUCCGGGCAUAACCAGAGUCCCAACCGCAACACAUCCCGGAGAAGCCAAGCCAACAGCUUCCUGUUCCGCAUACCCCUGAGCGCCUGGAACAUUAGCGACUUCCUCGCCCCGAGCAAACGAUGGCUGAGCUCCUCGCCCUUCUUCCGGUCCACAACACGACCAGCGGAGUCCGAACCGCCCAGAGCCCAACAAACGCAACCAGCAGGCAGGCGGAGCUUGAGAGAACAUAGCGCCAACCUGAAACGAUACCAUGACGCACUACGCCAGCAUGAGUCCCCGCAGCGGAUAUGGCUCGCCUAUGCGUCGCUAACCACCAAACAGCGCCGCAUGUUCUUCACGCGGGACGAUUACCUUGACGUCUUACACGUGGUGUUUAAACUCAACAAACGCCGAGUAAGCGCCGCAUGGAAGACGGUAUUCGAGGACAUGAUGGCGUCCGACACGCAGCCGCUGCAGGAAGACUACGAGACGGGUAUCGCGCUCUGUUCGCGAUCACGGCAGGUCGAGCUAGCCGAAACACUCUUCAAGAACGCGCUGAAAAACAACGUGCAGUUAGGUCGGGGUGCGUACGAGAACAUGAUGCGGAUGUAUGGCCGGGAGGGGGACGUGGAGCGAGCCGCGCAGACGUAUCAGAGCAUGGUUGCUGCGAACUACGAGCGGAAUGCGGUUGUGUAUGAUGCGAUGAUUGACGCGGCUUGCAGGUCGGAUAAGAUGCAUCAUGCAAUGGUGCUGUUUAAGGAGAUGGGGCAGGUUGGGCUAAAGCCUACCGUGAAUACAUUCGCGGCCUUGAUUCUGGGGUGCGUCAAGUCGGAGCGGAUACAGUUGGCGGAACAGUAUCUGGCCGAGAUGCGACGACACAAUUUGGAACCGACUCUGCCGAUAUAUACCCUGAUGAUCAACGGAUACAGCCGGGUAGGGAAGCUGGGGGCGAUCUCCCGGAUGCGCAAAGUCGUGGAGCUUUCGGGCUUCAAGCCCGACAUGUUCUACAUGGCCACCCUGAUCGCCAGCAGCUCGCGAGCGGGCAAGGUGGAAGAAACGCAGAGGCAUCUGGAGACCAUGCGGAGGAACCGGAUGCCUCUGAACAGAGUGAUCUACGAAUCGGUCAUCUCGGGCUUGCUCUACCACAGCGAUCUGGAGGCGGUCAUGACCAUCACCGACCGGCUGGCGAAGCAGAAUGUGGCGGUUGGGGACAAAUUGCUCACGUACGCUAUGGUGGCGUUCCGGAAGAUGGGGGAUUAUGACGCGGCGAGGGCGCUGCUGGAGAGUUGGAGUAAGAAGUGGACACGGCCUAUCCCUGUGGCGCAUUUCAGGACUUAUCUGCACAUGUGCGCGUCGGCUGCAGGCGUCGCGGUGGCCCUGCAGGAGUUCCGGACGUUGGUGGAGGCCGGGAACAAGCCCCAUACGAGCCUGUUGAACCCGGUGCUGCAGGUGGCGUUUACCGAAAACGGGGCAGAGCUGCCGCCCAUCGUCAUUCAAACGAUGCUGGAACACAAACUGCAACCCGACAGCGCGACCUGGAGCAUCAUCCUCGCCAACAACCGCAACCCGACCAUCGCCUUCAUCAAAGAAUGCAUGUCCCACGAACGCGAACACGACUCAGCCGGCCUAGUCCCCCUCCUCCGCGCCCUCACCAAAACUUCCAACGCCGAAAUCGCCAUCGCCCUCGCCCACGAACAACUCGCCCUCGGCGUCGAAUUCGACAAACGCGCAUGGACCGCCUUAGCGCAAGCCCACGGCAGCAACCACGACCUCGACAACCUCGAAAAAACCCUCCACGAGCUCCGCGAUGACGGCUGGGCCAUGGAUGUCGUCGCCCACACGGCCCGCCUGCACGCUUACAUCACAGCAGGCGACAUGGUCUCUGCUCACAACGUCUGGCGCGACCUCUGCACCUCCGACUGCACCCCCACACCCAUCGCCUACAGCAUCAUGCUAAAGGGCCUCAUCACCCACCGCGACUUUCGCGCCGCAUGGGCCCUGAUCGCAGAUAUCCACAGCGCCGGCAUCCACCUCGACACGGUGCUCUACACCCAACUCAUCAUCUGCGCCAGCCGCCUCCGCACAUCCCGCGUCCUCGACAUCCUCACUGAAAUGGACCACGCACACGUUGCACCGGAUCUGGUCGCGUACAACACCAUGUUGAACGUCUGCCGUAAACACAAGGACACAACCAGCAUCCCUGUGAUCCUCAACCACAUGCUCACACGCAACGUCGCGCCCGAUGGGUUCACCUACACCGUCCUCUUCGACGCCUGCUUCUCCGCCUCCCCGGCCGCCGACCCGGACGAAACUCUCCACGACGUGUUGCACCAGCUCGCAUCCCAUAACGUGCCGUUGUGCGACACGCUCCUGGAGCGAUUGAUGGCGGCACAUGGACGAUCGCGCGACCCGGGGCGUGUGAUGGAGAUGUGGGGGUGGAUAGUGGGUGCGGGGAUUGAGCCCGGGGCGCGGGUGUUGGGGGCGACUAUACGGGCGCUGUUGGGGUGCGGCUGGGAGGGGGCGCCGUAUGCGGUGGAGGUUUGGGAGAGGGCGGGGGAGGUCGUGAGGGAGGCGGUGGGGAGGGGGGUCAGGGAGGUGAUGGGGGAGGUGGAGGAAGGGACGUGGAGGCCGCAGGAGGGGUUGUUGCUGCAGGCGGGGAGGGCGUGCUGA